UGAGGAGUUAGCAGCACUGCUGUCAGUCUUUGGGAAUAUGCAGGUAGAACUUGAAGUGCAUCUCCAAAUCUUAUUGGCUGUUGGCUUGGCCGUUCUCUGUUUCUGCCUGGUGAUUGGCUGCAUCGCCUGCCGUUGGCUUCAUAAGUCCCGCCUCACAGAUGAUAAGGAGGCAGGGCUUUCCUUACCCCCUCUACCUGCAGAUCAUGUGACUGUGACUCUAAGCCCCUCCCCUUCCAUCAACACUCUGCCAAUCAAACAGCAGUAUGAGGAGCUGGACGGAGACGUGCUGGACUAUCCCUCAUUUAACAGCAGCUCGACGCCGUCAGAAGACGAUCUUUCUUUACCAUCUUAUCCUCACAAGUCUCGUUUCAAUCUACGGCGGCUCAGCUCCCCCGCCGUUCCCUACAAACCCUCUAAACCUGUCCGUGGUCGUUCCUCGCUCCCGACCAUUCCUAAGCUCGGCCUGGUUGGGAAGUCGUGCCGGGCGGUUGAUCACAAAAGCAGUGACAACGUUUCGUUUUCAGAAAGGAGCAGGCUGAACGCCGACAGCGGCCAACAUUACGGCUCCGGCUCUCAAAAACCCACACCUUCCCUUCACUUCACCCUUCUGUUCUCACCAGCUGAGGGCAAACUCACCAUCACCGUUCUGGGUCUCUACCGGGGCUCUAGGAAACUGAGCAGGACUACGGUUAGGGCCUGUCUGCCUCCGCUCUGCCCCACGCCGCUUCAGGGCGGCCCGACGCGCAGACACAGCCUCGGUCCGGAGGCUCCAGCACAGGUGUUCCAGCUGCAGGUGAGGUCGGCAGAGGAGCUUCAGCACUGCACGCUCAGGCUGACCGUGUCCAGCAGGGAUUUCUCAGGUCUGAGGGAGACGGCUGUGGGUGAACUCGAACUGGCAUGUGCUGAAAUCCACUGGGAACCCGACUGCACCGUCACCUUUAAUCGUCAACUCAACCCUGUGAGGAGGAGGCUGAGGAAGAGUCAGAGUUCCCAGGAUGCAGUGGGGGACGUCGGGGCUUCUGCUUGUCCGGUGCGCUUUCUGGGUCAGAUCCUGAUUCUGCUGCAGUAUCAGACGCUGGCGCAUCGCAUGAAGGUGAUGGUGAGGAAAGCUGAGAACCUCCCCAAACUCACCAGGAUGCCUGGCACUCCAGAUCACUAUGUCAUCAUCAACCUGCGUCAGGAGGGUAAAGUCAUCAGCACUAAGGAGACGAAGGGUGCCAGUGGAGCGAACGCGGUUUGGAACGCACCGUUUCUGUUUGACCUGCCGGCAGGUGAUAUCAGCGGGCUGCCGCUGCUCCUGGAGCUCCUCGUGAUGCAGGGAAGGCUGUACACGAAGAGUUGCAUUCUGGGUCGUGUUCUGAUUGGCUGCGGAGGUUCUGAAGCGGGAAACCAGCACUGGAGUGAGAUGUGCAGCAGGCCGCAGGUGGAGACGGCAUGCUGGCACGAGCUCCAACCAAACUCCUUAUAGGCCAGCAAAGUUUGAUUGACAUGCCCCCGAGCCAAUCGAAUCGCUCACUGUUACACUUCUCGUUUCUUUAUGGAUUUUGGGAUGGAACUGCGGAACCUGGUUUAAGGAGACUUGAGGAAAGUUUGUGUUGAAUUCUAAUAAUAUCUCUAAUGUAC